CUUCUCGAGAAAUUUGGCGCACUAUCAGGCCUCCAAGUGCAGCCUCAAAAGAGUGUCCUGAUCGGUAUUAACACAGCGAAGGCUCCAGCACGCUGGCAGGGGUUUCCAGUAUUAGCACCCACAGCGACAACCCGGCAACUGGGAUACUGGGUCGGCAACCAUGACACCAACGAGCUCAACUGGACCAUUCGCAUUGAGAGCAUUCAACGACGACUUCGCAUCGCAGCUACCAUGGGAAACUCUAUCACCCAGAGAGUAACCCUUUUCAAUGCGAUUGCACUUCCAGCGAUCCUCUACAUGGGG